CUAUAAAAAUUAACAAAACUUAAGUAAAAUGGAAGAUUCAAGCGAGAUUUUACACAGCCAGGAUGUCUAUACCGGUAGCUCUCCUAGUUGAGAGGACAUCUGGGCUCGUGAAGCUAGAUUUUUGAAGGAGAUUUAUUACCCUUUGACUGAUACUAAUGAGAUGGGCCAGCGAGAAAUAGGGUCUCAAGAGAAAGAAGCUUUAGAAAGUUUAGCCAUACAUCUUGGACAUCUUGGGGAUCAGACCGAUCGCUUUAAAUCUAUCAUUGAGGAUUCAGAGCCGAAGCCUGAAGAUGAUAUGCCUAUUCUUCACUAUCAAGACCACUCUGAGUACAUAGUGAAUGGUUUUGAUGCAAAUGAAGGAAUGUCUACACUAGAAGUUUUUACUGAUAAAUGGGAUAGAUACACAAAGGAAAGAAAUAGCAAAGAGACUAAUAAAGAAUGACUCAAAGAAGAAUUCUUCUACAGAUCCAACCGCAUGCCCGAGCUCCUUACUUCUCAGUUCCAGGUUGUUCAGAACUCUAGUGGUGAGAAAAGAGUCAAAGCAUACCUUACAGUUUUCAUACCUCUUAAGAAGAUUGAGUGUGAAAUUGAGAACCAAAGAUACCAACCGAUGAAGGAAUCUGAGAUCCCUCUAAAAGACAAGGUUGUAUACGGCAUCCUUAGUCCUCAAUGUCCUGGAGAGAUCCCUGAUGUUAGGUUCUACACCAACCACCUCAGAUCCAGCACAGGCUUUGAGUAUUGGUGUCAGACAAUAGACAAGCCUCUCUAUAUCAAAGAUUUUGGGAAGGUUGAGUAUUUUAUGAAUACGAUUAUGAGAGAUAUCUACAAGUAUCAGCCAAAUGAAAUGUUCAAAUUCUCGGAUGACCCAAUCAGCCAUGCAGAUUCUAGUAGAGAAGAGGCCCUUAAGGGUUUACCACUGUUCAAGAACUAUUUCUUUGUUCCUAUCAACAUGAAAUCACCAGUUGAAUAUGCUGAAGAUAUCAUUGACUGGGAAUACAUUGACAUGAUCAAGGAAAUCCAUGAUAAAGGAGUUUAUACUAAAUCAGAGAGCCUUUAUGAUGUCUAUAAGAGGCUUACUCACCCAGAUUCAGGACUUACCAUAGAGGAGGCAAUCCAGCACUUCCACUCUUAUGUAGAGGACAAUAUAUUCAUUAAAGGCAACAAGCCCCAUUGCUUGUAUGUGAAUCUAGAGCUAGUAGAAGAUCUUAGGACGAAAGAUGCAACAGAUUUUGCUGAGCAAUUGAAAGUUAAUGUUGGGAGCAAAACUUUCACUUCAGCAUUUGACCUCAUAGACUCAGGAAAGGCUAAUUCCAGCACUCUCAAACACUUCAAGGAGUACUGCUUGUCUCCAGACGGACUUGGCUACAGUAACUACAUGACAGGGCCAGUUGUAGUAGCAGAUUUCAUCAAGAAUCCUAAAACGCUGAAGCUGAGAUUUUUAUCAGUUGACUUAGCUAUCAAAAACAAGAGGAAAUUUUACAAUGAAGCGAAGCCACCAGGUGUCUCUGGAAGACCCAUCCUUUCCUUGUACGAUGUGUACCCUUAUUUUAUGGACAAAGAACAAUGGCUUCACUGAUGUUUCCUACAAAUACUAGGAACUCAUUAUGAAAGAUGUUCAUACGUAACUGAGUUAGCAAAUGGAGUUGGUCUCGAUGUAAACUGCAUUGACCUCCAUAUUGCCACUAACAGCAAGGGAACUAGUUCUGAUGUAAAUUUAGAGCCACUAGAAACUUAUGGAGACACUGUACUAAAAUUUGCAGCCACUUGGCUAGCUUAUGAAGUCUUCAAAAAUGACUCCCAAGCAGGGGAAAAUGAAAUCUGUGAGAGAAGAAAUUGCUUCUUGACAAAUAAAGAGUUAUUCAGAGUAGGAGUCACCCUCAAUCUAAGAAGAUACAUCAGAACUCUUGAUGGAGAUAUCACUAAUUGGAUACCUCCGUUUACAAAACUGAGUGGGAAGUUCCAUCCUUCCAAGUGCUUCUUUGUAGAGACAAAAUACACAGGGAAGAACAUUGCUGAUUGUGCUGAAGCACUAAUAGCUUCGUAUAUGUUCAAUGGAGGAGUCAAGCAUGCACUAAAAUUUAUCGCCAAGAUAGGUACUGUUCCUUUAGAAAAAUCUGGGCUCUUAGAUGCUUUCCCAGACUCACCUUUGUCUUUUAAUAUUGGUAAUCCUCAAGAUUUCAAAGUGAAAAUUUAUGGGAAUUUUGAGGAAGUUUUCAGAGAAUAUUGCCUGAGACAUAAGCCGAAUGAGUCAAUUAUUCACAACUUCGAGGAGAGGAUCAAAGUGAAGAAAUGAGAACCACUCGGGUCAGCUUACAAGCAUAUGGGAAGAUCAUUAAUCAACACCCAAGUUGGAAGAGACGAAUGGACUAAUGUUUUAGUUGAACUAGAAAGCAUCCUUGAUUACAAAUUUAAGAACAUUAAGUACCUAAAGGAAGCUUUGAUUCAUGAAAGCUACUACUCAACUCAUUGCAGGGAGAACUAUGACUACAUGAUCAACUAUGAGAAGCUAGAAGUCCUUGGAGAUGCUGUCCUCGAUGUGAUUGUAAACAGCUCUCUAGCUGCAUUUGCAAUGGAGAGAAAUGUCUCUCCUUUUGAAAUCCAUCAUUCCAAAGCAAGGCUGGUAAAUAACGAGUUGUUGUGCAAAAUUACUUGCUUUUAUGGCAUUCAUAGAUUCAUUCUUUCUGGGUUGUCAAGAUGCACCAUCCCUGAAGAGCAAAUCCAGGACUUAUUCACUGAGAACAAGACGACUUCUACUGAAGGAAAAUACUGUCAGGAAUUUUUCAACUCUAUUGGCUCAAGGGAGAGCACAUUCUGGGAUCACAAGAGUAACCCAAAGAGAAAGCCUAGAUCAUCCAAGCGUCAGAAGCAAGGAAUGUUCACAAAUCUUGACCCUAAAAUAGUAGGGCUGGUGAUGGACAAAAAUCCUAAAUCUCUUUGUUUGCAGCUAUAUCUCGAGGAUUUCGAACCAAAUUUUGUAUUUUGCUCAGAUUUCGAACCAUUUGAAACCCUUCAGAAAAAGAUUCAUAGGAAUUACUAUGAGGCUCCUAAGAUGAUUCCUGAUGUCUUUGAAGCUAUUUUGGGAGCAGUAUUUGUUGACGGAGGCUACAACGAAGUUGUAAGAGUCUUACAGCACACUCUAGGCCCAUUUGUAUGUAUGAUGGCUAAAUACUUUGACGGGAUCAGAAAGAAUCCUAUUGAAGAAUUUAAUCUAUAUUGUAGUUCAAAAGGCCUCGUUCCAAGGAUAGAGAUGUUUAAAAUGGGAGCGAAGCAGGAGAGUAACCCUUACCACUCUGAUGGAGACCAGAUCCUCGGAUAUCCUCCUGAGGAGCAGCCAGAAGGCAAGCCUCUGGUCUACUACAAAUGUGCUAUCUUUGUCAAAGGCAAAAAGCAGCUGUGCAAAUCCUAUGGCAACAGUAAAGAACAAGCUAAGAAGAACGCAUGCGCUCUUGGAUUCUCUAUUCUAAAGGAAGAGUUUGAGAGACCUAUACAGGACUUUAAGUCUCAGGAUACAUCACCUGUUCAGAAGUCACCUAAUCAGACCAAACCUCAAAGCCCAGAUGCCACUAAUAUCUUAGAAAUAAGUGAAAAGAAGGAAGAGAAUGAAUCAGAUGCUGAAAUGAGCGAAGAAUCGGAUGAUAUAUAUGCUGGGUGCUGCUAAGGACUUGGUAAAU